UCGACAGUGUAAUGAACAUAAAUGUAAACAAAUCUUUCUAUGUUCCGGUCGGGUGUUAGUCAUUAAAUCGUAUUUUAUUGUUUAUGGGUAAUUUAAAGAUUAAAUUAAAUAAGUGAUUCGUUAGUGUCCACUGCAAGGUGAUAAUGAGUGAAAACGAAGCAUUGCACAUUGAAUAUGCCGACGAAGCUGAACUGCUCAACGAGUUUCGGUCAUACAUGAGCGAUCCAGACACUCGUGAUAAAGCCGCAAACUAUCUGCUGGAAUCGUUAAUCGACGAAACAGUGUUGGGUUUGGUGUUUGAAAUCCAUCAUGCACACAAAACGGGUUCCGGUUCAGCACUGGAAGGCCAACCAGAAGAUUGCAAACCAUACACGAUAGUCGAUCUACCGGAUGUGGAUGUAUUUGGUUCCUCGACCGGUAAAAAAGCUAUCGACUGCAACUGUCCCAACUGCAACAGGAUCGUAGCCGCUUCCCGAUUUGCACCUCACUUGGAGAAGUGUAUGGGAAUGGGAAGAAACUCGUCCCGCAUCGCCAGUCGGCGGAUCGCCAAUACCAGGGACGGAGGCAACUAUUUUGGUGCUGACGAAGAUGAUGAGGAUGACGCGGAUUGGUCAGGUGAAAAGCGAAAGAAAAAGAUAGCCCCUGUUCGGACUAAUGGAAGCAAAAAGAACGGAAAGACUUCAUGAAAAUAAUUGUCACCGGAACAGGAUUCCGUUUCUGGGAUCAGCAAUCCAUGGACACGGAGGCUUCGCUCAGGUCGGGGAUCGAAUGCCACUAGUACUUCUACCGAUUUACCUUCCGAGGAAAAUGACGAUGCGAUGCAAAACAGAAUGAAAGCAAGCGCGAUUUGAGGGCAUCAAAGAACAACAAAUGUAAUACAUUACACGUUUCUGCUGCCCAUCCAAAUACCAAAACAGUAGAAUAUCUGCACAUAAAAUUUCUAACUUAAAUAAUUAUGUGGGUCCUAAAAUAUUGUAAGCUGUGUUUAGACAUAAUCUUUAAAAUGUAAAUUAGAACAACAAAUUAUGACUGUUAAAAAUAAAUAUAACUAGAGAGAUAUUCUUUUUUUUGUAAUUGGAAAAAUCAUUGAUUAAUGCACUUCGUAAAAGAUCUAUGCAGUUUGAUGGAAAAAUUUGUAAGAAUGUCUCAAAUUUGUGAGACAAGUUUCAGUUAAGUACUUUCGUUUUUUAAUAUCUUGUUAAUUACCUUCUGAGUGGUAGAGGGAAUUUAUUUCGAAUUUCUAGUAUAUUGGAAACCAAGUUAGGAACGCUGAAUAAGAUAUU